UUUUUGGUGAAAACUUUGAAAAGCAUUGCUGUUUUUGUUACAGUGACCCAGUGUGGCAGCCCUGGUAGCUGGGCUGUGGGAGCGAUAUAUCGGUAUCGCAAUCUGGCACACCAACUGCCAUCCCAUCUCUUUCUCGGUUGUUUUUUUUGCGUUUUUGCAUAACAAAAUCUAAAAAAUUCGCCCAAAACGCAAGCAAUAGCGGAUACGGAGACCAGGAGACCAGCAGCGGCACAACCCCAUUGCAGAGCAGACGGAAUGGGACAGUACACGGCUACGCAACGCAAGAAUGUGAGGAUCCUGCUCGUGGGCGACGCCGGGGUAGGCAAAACGUCGCUGAUUCUGUCGCUGGUCAGCGAGGAGUACCCGGAGGAGGUGCCUCCGCGGGCCGAGGAGAUCACCAUUCCGGCGAACGUGACGCCCGAGCAGGUGCCCACCAGUAUCGUUGACUUUUCCGCUGUAGAGCAGACAGAAGAGGCCCUGGCCGUCGAGAUCAACAAGGCUCACGUGGUGUGCAUUGUGUAUGCAGUGGACGACGACGACUCCCUGGACCGGAUCACCUCCCACUGGCUACCGCUUGUGCGGGCCAAGUGCAACCCGUCGCUGGACGGCGAAGGAGAUGCCGAAGCGGAGGCGGAGGGCGAUGCUCAGUGCGAACCCGUGCGGAGACCAAUAGUCCUAGUGGGCAACAAGAUCGACCUGAUCGAUUACUCCACCAUGGACAGCGUGCUGGCCAUUAUGGAAGACUACCCUGAGAUCGAGAGCUGUGUGGAGUGCUCGGCCAAGACGCUGCACAACAUCUCCGAGAUGUUCUACUACGCCCAGAAGGCAGUGCUGCACCCCACUUCACCACUGUAUAUGAUGGAAGAGCAAGAGCUCACAUCUGCCUGCAAGAAAUCGCUGGUGCGCAUCUUCAAGAUCUGUGACAUUGACGGGGACAAUCUGCUGAACGACUACGAGCUGAAUCUGUUCCAGCGGCGCUGCUUCAACACGCCCCUGCAGCCCCAGAUCCUUGACGAGGUCAAGGCCGUGAUACAAAAGAACGUGCCCGAUGGUAUCUACAACGAUGCGGUCACCCUGAAGGGCUUCCUCUUCCUGCACUGCCUGUUCAUCCAGAGGGGGAGGAACGAAACCACCUGGGCGGUGCUGCGGCGAUUUGGCUACAACGACCAGUUGGAGAUGUGCCAGGAGUAUCUGAGGCCCCCACUGAAAAUACCGCCUGGCAGCAGCACAGAACUCUCGCACCGGGGUCAGCAGUUCCUCAUCGCCGUCUUCGAGCGCUAUGAUCGCGAUGGCGAUGGAGCCUUGUCGCCCGAGGAGCACAAAAUGCUGUUUAGCACCUGCCCCGCCGCACCGUGGUCAUACUCCACGGAUAUUCGCAAGUCCUGCCCAAUUAACGAAACUACUGGCUGGGUGACCUUGCACGGGUGGCUCUGCCGCUGGACACUUAUGACACUGAUCGAUGUAGUGAAAACCAUGGAAUAUCUGGCCUACCUAGGCUUCAAUGUUCAUGAGAACGACAGUCAGUUGGCGGCAAUACACGUUACCCGAGAGCGUCGCAUCGAUUUGGCCAAGCGCCAAAGCAGCAGGUCCGUGUACAAGUGCCAUGUGAUUGGUCCCAAGGGAUCCGGGAAGACGGGAAUGUGCCGGGGCUUCCUGGUGGAGGACAUGCACAAGCUAAUCGGCAAGGAGUUCAAAACGAAUGUGGUGCACUGCAUCAACUCUGUGCAGGUAUAUGGCCAGGAGAAGCACCUCAUUCUUCGAGACAUAGAUGUGAGGCACGCCCUCGACCCCCUCCAGCCGCAGGAAGUCAAUUGCGAUGUUGCCUGCCUGGUCUUUGACUCCUCCAAUCCCCGCUCCUUUGAGUACGUGGCCCGUAUCUACAUCAAGUAUUAUGCGGAGAGCAAGAUUCCAGUGAUGAUAGUGGGCACUAAAUGCGACAUGGAUGAGCGCCGGCAGGACUACUUAAUGCAGCCAGCGGAGUUUUGCGAAAAGUACAAGCUGCUGCCCCCACAUCUCUUCAGCCUUAAGACCAACAAGAAAGAACUGUAUACCAAGUUGGCCACAAUGGCAGCUUUUCCGCGCUUCCAGGCCGCCUGGAUACUGUUCUACAAGCACAGGUUGGUACAGCUGUGGGAGUCGGCUCACUUGCGGCAAUUUGGCUUGAUGACGGAGGAUCCCAAGCUGUGGUGGAAGGCGGGACUGGGCGUAGCCGCGGCCACCAUGCUGGGAUUCAUAGUGCUGAAGACCAUCAGUGCAGCUGGAGCGCACUCGCGCUAGAGGAAGACAGGGAUUUACAAACACACGUUUGCCACAGACACGUUAAUGUUCAAGAAAUUCAUGUAACUUAUUAAUUACUUCUUUGCUUGCUACUGUGAAUCCAAAUUUGUUGUUACGAAAACCAAAGCAAAUGAUGACUAGGGACACACGCCGAUGUUCUCAUUCCUGACUUGUAAAUACACUCGCCAAGUACACUAGCAGGAAUCAGACAGAAGCAGUGGACAAUGAACAGCGGUGGCCAGUCGAGCACAUUGUGUAUGUUGCAUUUCUAUUCGUAUAUUACCCUAACUUAAAUCAUGUACUCUCUGAUAUGUCAAAUAAGUUAUUAUUACCAUCAUAAUCGAGUAACCAAACAACCGAUAUCGUGUAUAGCUGAUAGUGAUAUGUACACGUACUGGGUUCUAUAUAAACCAUAUAUACUACACCUAGAAAACGCCAGAUUCGGUGAUAUCGCACUUUUGUAAAUACGCGCAAAACCCUAGUAUGAGCAAUAAAUCUAUCUGUGUAUGUGGAUUUA